GCGAGAGUUUGGAUCCUGAAGACCUUGGCAUGUAGACAAACAACCCUCCCUACCAGAGUAUCCCCCGCUGCACAUGCACGGUGAUCAGGAAAAGAAACGCAGGGCUUUAGGAGGGGAGGCUUUAGUUCCAAGGUGGUUUAAACAAAUGGCUGUAAGAAAGACGUUGAAGCACAUUCCUCCCAGAAGCAAGCGUCUCAUAUCUAGAGUGCCUAGGCCAGUAUCUACGCUUGGUAACAUCUCGCGCCGAGGUGAUUAAGAACAGUCUGGACAUUGUUGCAGCUAGUUGAUGUUAUAUUCAUGUCAGACCGCGCCUUUCGGGAUCCAUUUCUAGCUUGGAUUACGGAGCACUUCUAGAUACCGAAUAUCAGAAUGUAUGAUGUCGUCACUACAAAAGAGGCCACGUCUUUUCUCGCCAGCAGGUUUCCACGUUUCUUACUCUGUCAUUAUCACCAGCCUCAGUCGACAAGUCACAAGUGCUUUUUUUCUUCUUGUUGAUAUCGGGACACACAUUAGACUAGAAGUUCGGCCACGUACUAAGUGCAAAGCGAAAUUCUCAUUAUCCCAAAAGCGGUCUCGGACAAAGCUACAUAGGCCGCCAUCAUACCUGUCGCCACGAAAUGACCAAGACGACGCUUCCAGAAGACUUCGUAAUCACGGACCGGAACGGAAUCGUCGAAAACAGACACGCUGUCCACGCCGCCGUCGUCGACUGCAGCGGCAAGCUUCUCCUGACCGCCGGCAACCCGUCUCGCAUGACCCUGGCUCGGUCCGCCGCCAAACCUGCCCAGGCGCUCGCGGUCCUCGAAACCCCCGGCUUUGACCGGUACGGGUUCGACGAGGCCGAUCUCGCCCUGAUGUGCGCGUCCCACAACAGCGAAGACCGCCACGUCGCACGGGCGAGGUCGAUGCUGUCCAAGGUCGGGGCCCGGGAGUCGGACCUGCGCUGCGGCGGGCAUCCGUCCAUCUGCCCGGUCCUCAACAGCUCGUGGAUCCGGGCCGGCUUCACCCCGACCGAGAUCAACAACAACUGUUCCGGGAAGCACGCCGGCAUGCUGGGCGGCGCAAGGGCGCUCGGUGCCGGGUUCGCCGACUAUCACCUCCCGACCCACCCAAUCCAGAUCAAGGUGAGGGAGAUCGUCCGAGACUUGAGCAGCGUAUCCGAGGAAGGGGACGAUGUCAAAUGGGCCAUCGACGGCUGCAACCUGCCCGCGCCAGGCCUUCCCUUGGUAUCCAUGGCACGCAUCUACGCCGGUUUCGCGGCCGCAGCCGACGCCGUCGAAGAGAGUGAGAACACGGCGGCGCCAAGAGCAGAGCAGAUGGCCCGGGUCUUCCACGCCAUGUCGAAGUUCCCCGAAAUGGUGGGAGGGGAGGGACGCUUCUGCACGGUGCUCAUGGAGGCCUUCGAGGGGGCCGUCAUCGGCAAAGUGGGCGCCGACGGGUGUUACGGAGUCGGGAUCCGGGCUUCUGACGACACGAGGCGGCUCGGCGCGGACGGCGCCGUGGGGAUCGCCGUCAAGAUCGAGGACGGGAGCCUCGGGAUACUGUAUUCCGCCGUCGCAGAGAUCCUGCAGCAGCUUCGCGUUGGGACAGACGAGGCGAGAGGGAAGUUGGCGGCCUUCCACCACAUCAAGCGAGUGAACACAAUGGGCGUGGAGACGGGGAGGAUCUCUCAUGCCUUCCAGUUACGGCAGAGUAGCCAUUAGAGCCUCUACUAUUGCCGCCUAGGUUUGAUAUGUCAAGGGUGUUGAGGAAUGUAUUCAUAGAAAUGAAUGUGACCUUUCUGAGUUGUGCAAAUGAAAUGAUAUUGGGUGAUUGAUCAGUCACAACGUAUUAUUGCUUGAAAGUCAAGCCCGUAACAUGUGUACAAAAUUAAUCAAUCACCAUUACAACAGCUC